UUUUCUCUCCUAUCCGCCCGCAAUCGGCCCAUCAUUUCAAAGACGCGAAGACAGCAUCCCGAGUCGUCGUCUUUGUAUACUGCUAGGCGACUACGCUAUAAUCUCGAGCUCGGAAGCAAAGCUUCGAAUCGGCUCUGCGUUGUUUUCACCCGCUUCGAUUCUCUCUGAUUAUAUCAACAUAUUUAUGAUAGUUUUUGAGACAACUGGUGGUCGCAAUAUAUAUUGAGGUUCCAAAUUACGUUCAUCUCAUAUUUAGUGGUUUCAGCUGUUGCAGAACCAGCCAUAUCCGAGGAUGGUUUUCUAGUAUUUCCUCUACCUGCUGAUGUUAUAAUCCUCCACUUCUUUCAGAAAGAGGGAAAAAGAAAAACUGAAUUCUACCUGCCAUGGAACAAAAUUUCACAAUGAAGACCUACAUGGCCAUCAUGGCUGAGAGAGAUGCAGCUAUUCGAGAAAGGAAUAUAGCACUGGAUGAAAGGAGAAGAGCCUUUGCUGAACGAGAUAUGGCGAUGUUGCAGCGAGAUGCAGCACUUGCAGAACGGAACAGUGCCCUUGAGGAACGAGACAAGGCACUUUCAGCCCUCAAGUUCCGAGAAAGUUCCAUGAAUGAGGACAACACAUCCCUUGACCCACUGGGAAAUGAAACUGUUGAUGGAGGAGAGCACCUAUACCACCAGCAAAUUCCCAUAACCCAGUUAGGAGACCCUAAAAGCAAUCCGUUACAUUGUGGUGAGGCCACCAAACCCAAGAAAGUGAAGCAAGCAAAGGAGACAAGAGGAGCUUCAGCAAAGUCGUCAAGGCCCCAGAGAAGGGGUAAGAAAGGGGCUGAAGGUUUAAGCCAUCUUGUAGGUGUAGCUGCAUCAAAUGAAUGGGAAAAUGAGCAGAAAUUGGGUGGCCAGGGUAAAGACCUAGAAGAACAGGUGAUGUUGCGUGAGCAUAAUUUGGGUGUAGACCAGCUCGACUUGGACAAGUUGCCAACGCCAGUUUGUUCCUGCACCGGGGUACCCCAGCCUUGCUAUGAGUGGGGAAAUGGUGGCUGGCAGUCAGUCUGCUGCACAGCUACCGCCGCAGUGUGCAAUCACCAACAAACGACGCAAUGGCAGGUAGGCGGAAGAAAGAUGAGUGGGAAUGCUUUUGUUGAACUACUUACCCAACUUGCCUCAGCGGGUCAUGACUUGUCUACGCCACUCGAUCUCAAGGACCAUUGGCCCAAGAAUAGUGCUAAUGCAAAUUACUGUAGCUCGGUUAAGUAGAGAUCUACAAGCAAUUGGAAAUCGUUACUGAUCCAGGAUAACUUCGCCCUGUAUUGCUCAUUUAUUAGGCGCAUGCUUUGUAACAUUUAACUUCAAAUA